CUCCUCGGCCACGGCACCUUCGCCAAGGUCUACCUCGCCCGCCACGCCGACACCGGCGAGACCGUCGCCAUCAAGGUGCUCGACAAGGAGAAGGCCCUCCGCCACGGCCUCGUCCCACACAUCAAGCGCGAGAUCGCCAUCCUCCGCCGCGUGCGCCACCCCAACAUCGUCCGCCUCUUCGAGGUCAUGGCCACCAAGUCCAAGAUCUACUUCGUCAUGGAGUACGUCCGCGGCGGGGAGCUCUUCGCGCGCGUCGCCAAGGGCCGCCUCAAGGAGGACAUCGCGCGAAGGUACUUCCAGCAGCUCAUCUCCGCCGUCGGCUUCUGCCACGCACGGGGCGUCUUCCACCGCGACCUCAAGCCCGAGAACCUCCUCGUCGACGAGCGCGGCGAUCUCAAGGUCUCCGAUUUCGGACUCUCGGCCGUCGCCGAUCAGUUCCACCCCGAUGGGCUUCUCCACACCUUCUGCGGCACGCCCUCCUACGUCGCGCCGGAGGUGCUCGCGCGCCGCGGCUACGACGGCGCCAAGGCGGACAUAUGGUCGUGCGGUGUCAUCCUCUUCGUGCUCAUGGCUGGCUACCUUCCAUUCCAUGAUCAGAACCUCAUGGCAAUGUACCGUAAGAUAUACAGGGGGGAAUUCCGGUGCCCGAGGUGGUUCUCCAAGGAUCUGACCAGUCUAUUGAAUCGUCUGCUUGACACGAACCCAGAGACAAGGAUUACCGUGGCUCAGAUCAUGGAGAGCCGAUGGUUUCAGAAGGGGUUCCGACCAGUCAGGUUCUAUGUCGAGGAUGACCAGGUGCACAGCUUGGCAGACGAUGAGAAUGAAGUGCCGGAGCUGGGGCCUAGUCAGCCUCCUCCUCCGCCACCGCCACCGCCACCGCAGCAAGAGGACGAAGGUGAUGACUCUGGGUGGGAAUCAGACUCGUCUGUAGCAUCCUGUCCAGCCACAUUGUCAUCAGAGGAGAGAAGACGGCCCCUUGGAUCUCUCACACGACCAGUAAGUCUAAAUGCGUUUGAUAUCAUAUCAUUCUCAAGAGGAUUCAAUUUGUCGGGGUUGUUUGAGGAGCGAGGCAACGAAGUGAGGUUUGUCUCAGCACAUCCCAUGCAAACGAUUAUAACAAAAUUGGAGGAGAUUGCAAAGGUUAAGAGCUUUGCAAUUCGGCGGAAGGAUUGGCGGGUGAGCCUUGAAGGCACCAGGGAAAGUGAGAAGGGUCCGUUGACGAUUGGGGCCGAGGUAUUUGAGCUCACACCAAGCCUUGUGGUGGUGGAGGUGAAGAUGAAGGCAGGGGACAGGGAAGAGUAUGAAGACUUCUGCGAGAGGGAGUUGAAACCUGGGAUGCAGCACCUUGUGCACCAUACAGCCUCCGUUCCGGAUAUACCUUCUGAUACUGAGUAGCUUGAAAGGUAGAGCUCUCGCUUGGAAGGAAUAUUAAAAAAAAGAAAUUUGGAUUGAAAGGAUGAAUGUUUCUGUUUCAGCAUAAGCAUUUGUGCAGAAAAAUGUUGUUCAUAGAUUUCCUUAGUUACUUCUUUUCAGUAAUAUUCUUUCCGCAAUCCAAAAUGUUUUGCGAUACUGGUUGUGUGCUAAUAUCCAUCAUCAAAACAUUCUUCUAGUUGUUACAGUUUAAAAGGAGUGCCCGUUUCACUAUAGCAUUAUCAGCUAUACCUCUAAUGUUGUUAGACAUGUAAUUGUGCUACAACUGUGUAUAUUCAUCGUGUACAAAUGCCAUCUGUAAAUUUGUUGGAGAAGGAAUAUUGGCCUUGGUGUGAACAAAAGACUAAACAGUUUAACUA